UGCUGCCAUGGGGAGCCUCAGCUGCUGCCUCCUGCUCGCCCUGGCCCUGCUCGGCCCCCGCGCCACUGCUGCCAGGAAGUGCAACCUGCAGGGCCUGUGGAGGAACGAGCUGGGCUCCAACAUGACCCUCUCAGCCCUGGGCACGGCUGGGACCUUCUCGGGCUCCUAUCACACUGCCGUGACGGCCACCAACAAGCAGAUCCUGGUGUCACCUCUGCAAGGGGCCCAGCAGCACCCCGGUGACAAGGGGCACCCCACCUUCGGCUUCACCGUGCAGUGGCAGUUCGCAGACUCCACCACCGCCUUUGUGGGCCAGUGCUUCGUGGACCGCCGUGGGAAGGAGAUGCUGGAGACCGUGUGGCUCCUGCGGGAAGAGGUCCCAUCCCACAGGGAUGCCUGGAAAGCCACCAGGGUCGGCACCUCCGUCUUCACCCGCGUCAAGUGA